GUAUGACACGCGCGCUGGCCAAUAGCAAAGCCAGAUGCGACGUUAGUCAAGCACGCGCCCGAUCUGAUUGGCUGAAAGGCAGCUCUUGAAAAUCAGACUUGGUUGAAUGGCAAUACAAAGCAGCCACAGAGGGUGAUGCAUAAUCAAUAGUGUGUGCGCGCGCGCUUGUGUAUUCGUGUAGACGGAAAACCUGCAUGGCUCGCGCAGGGAGCGCUCUCAGCAGCUGCGUCCUCAAUGCCGGACUCAUUCUGCGUCGGUUCCUUGUGAGCACUGGUGGUUUUGAGCAUGCGAGGGGUGUGUGUGUGAAAGGCGUCCAGCUCGAAUGAUUGCGAUCGGACAGCUGUGAGCUCACGACACGGCAAGGAUCUUAUUAUGUUGGACUGCAUACGUGAGCGUAGGUGCGUCAAAGCAACACGUUUUUCUGUUUAAGCAGGGAUCGUGAUGCGUUCGGAUACGAGGGGAAAUCAUCAUCAUCAUCAUCCUCCUCGUCCUCAUCAUCCUCACCAUCAUGUAACCAUCUAGUGGGCAAGCAGCGCUCGCGCAGGUGAACAGCUCUCUCGGGAUCUCUAGACCAAUGGAUCAGCGCGGACUGUACGAUGGAGUGCUUUUCUGUCCUCUUCGGUCCCAGCUGCUCUCUCUGAUCGGACAGGCUGCUUUAUUUGUUCCACAUGUCAAAUGAAGGCAUCUGGGAGACGGCGGAAAUAUGCUCAUUUAUUCCCGAUUUGGCGUAAAAAAAAUCCCUGCACAAUUGCAUCUUCACAGUAAAUACUCCCAGCUAAUGUGAAAACCGAGGAAUGCCAGCCACAUACACCACAUGCAGAGCUAAUUCCCAGUGCUGUAGGCUUUAUUUCCCAUGAUGCUUCUGGUUGCGCAGGGACCUGUGCCUAAUGAAUAUAUUGCAUGUUUAAUUAGUUUCUGUUUUCUGAAUUAGGCUUGUUUGCAAUUUUAUGUGUUUGUGGUUUUUUUUUUACGUUUUUGUGCAAAAUUUUGUGCGCUUCUGUGUAAGAGGAUCUUAGAAAAACAGACUUUCCUAGGCAGCAUUGCUUACGUAAAAAAAUGUUUGUUUUAUUCAGCUGGAUAUGAAACAGUCUGAGAUGUAGAUGUGUUGUACAUGAUUGCUUUUUAAAUUCGAUGUGAACAUCCUGAGAUGCCGACCGAAACGCGGCCUCUUUUAUGAACAUCCUUGAUCCAGAACAGAUUGCAGUGGCUUGUUCUGUAGAGGUCUGGCGGCUGAGCGCUUCAACCUCAUAUGCUGAAACCAUGUCCAGGUCGAACAGUGUGAGUCCACCGGGCGUGGGAGCGCCGGUCCUGAGGGGAGGACACGAGCACAGAUCGGCCUGGGCCGAAGCCGAGGCCCUCGCUAACGGAUGUCCAUACUCGGCUAGGGCGAACAGAAAGCUAACGCGCACCAGCAGCCGCUGGAGGAGGGAGGAGGAAGAAGAGGAGGAGGAGGAGGAGAAGAGGAUCGCCGAGCGCCAGGCGGGACGCACGAGCUCCGUGGUGGCCCGGGUCAGUUUUAGGUCCAAGUCUGCGUGGCAGGACAGCGGCGGCAAGCAUGAGCGCUCCUCGCCGCGUCACGGCAAUGAAGAAGUGAGACCCAAAUCGGUGGAGCUGGGCUUGGAGGACCGGACGAGGACCAAGUGCAGGGCGGAGGACGAGGCGCUCUCGCCCGACGUCGCCUUCUCCUUUGGCGCAUGCUGCCGCGGCGCCAUGCACGUCUUCAAGUCCAAAAAGUUCCAGUCUGAGAAGCUGGAGAGGCUCUACCAGCGCUACUUUUUCCGCCUGAACCAGAGCUCGCUGACCAUGCUAAUGGCCGUGCUGGUGAUCGUGUGCGUCGUCAUGCUCGGCUUCCACUGCGCCGCGGGGCCGUACCACCUCUCCUACGUGCUCGUGUUUUCAGCGGCCAUCACACUCGUGCUCGCGCUGAUGGCGGCGUGCAACCGCACUGGUUUCCAUCAGGACCACAUGUGGGUGGUGUGCUACGUGGUGAUCGCGGCGGUGAUGCUGGUGCAGGCGGUCGGCGUGGUGCUGGUGCAGCCGCGCAGCGCCUCCGAGGGCGUCUGGUGGACCGUGUUCUUCAUCCACGUCGUGUACACGCUGCUGCCCGUGAGGAUGCGCGCUGCUGUCAUCACCGGACUCACGCUCGCCGCCAUCCACGUGCUGGGCUCCUGGAAGCUCAACGAGUCGGACCCGUUCCUGUGGAAACAGCUCGUGGCCAACGUGCUGAUCUUCUCCUGCACCAACAUAGUAGGUGUGUGUACACACUACCCGGCCGAGGGCUCGCAGAGACAGGCCUUCCAGGAGACCAGAGAAUGCAUUCAGGCUCGUCUGCACUCCCAGAGAGAAAACCAACAGCAGGAACGCCUCCUCCUCUCCGUGCUUCCCCGCCACGUUGCCAUGGAGAUGAAAGCUGACAUAAAUGCCAAGCAGGAGGAUAUGAUGUUUCACAAGAUCUACAUCCAGAAGCAUGACAAUGUGAGUAUCCUCUUUGCUGACAUCGAGGGAUUCACCAGUCUGGCGUCUCAAUGCACGGCACAGGAACUGGUCAUGACCCUGAACGAGCUGUUUGCAAGAUUCGACAAACUGGCUGCAGAGAAUCACUGUCUGCGGAUUAAAAUCUUAGGAGAUUGCUACUACUGCGUGUCAGGCUUGCCAGAGGCCCGCGCUGACCACGCUCACUGCUGUGUGGAGAUGGGAAUGGACAUGAUUGAGGCCAUCUCAUUGGUGAGGGAAGUCACUGGUGUCAACGUGAACAUGCGAGUGGGGAUCCAUAGCGGCAGAGUCCACUGUGGGGUCUUGGGUUUGAGAAAGUGGCAGUUUGAUGUCUGGUCCAAUGACGUUACUCUGGCAAAUCAUAUGGAGGCAGGUGGAAAAGCAGGCCGUAUCCACAUAACUAAAGCUACUUUGAACUAUCUGAAUGGUGACUAUGAUGUGGAGCCUGGCUUUGGUGGAGAACGGAACAUCUAUCUGAGGAAGCACAACAUUGAAACAUUCCUCAUAGUGGGAUGCAGCCAGAAAAGGAAAGAAGAAAAGGCCAUGAUUGCCAAGAUGAAUCGGCAGCGGGCAAAUAGCAUCACUCACAACAGUUCCCACUGGACCGACCGGCCGUUUUAUAACCACCUGGGGGGCAACCAGGUCUCCAAAGAAAUGAAAAGAAUGGGAUUUGAAGACCCCAAGGACAAACAUUUCAUUUUCAGAAAUACUCAGGAAAACCUGAACCCUGAGGAUGAAGUGGACGAGUUUUUGGGCCGGGCCAUUGACGCUCGCAGCAUCGACCGCCUGCGCUCUGAGCAUGUCAAGAAAUUCCUGCUGACCUUCCGUGAGCCUGACCUGGAAAAGAAGUAUUCGAAGCAGGUGGAUACCCGAUUCGGAGCAUACGUAGCCUGUGCCAUUCUCGUCUUCGUUUUCAUCUGCUUCAUUCAACUUGUAGUCGUACCAUCCUCCAGCCUGAUGAUUGGAUUCUAUGUGUCAUGUUUCAUUGUUCUCAUGGUCGUUAUGUUCGUCUCAGUCAUUUACUCCUGUUUUGGGCUUUUCCCAGUGCCCCUGCAGCACCUGUCCAAAAGUAUAGUCCAGUCCAGACUCAACAGCACUCUGGUGGGCAUCAUUACCAUCGUGCUGGUCUUCCUUUCAGCCUUCAUAAACAUUUUCACAUGCAGCAGUGAUGAUCUUAAGUUGUGUUUGAGCGAAGAGUUUAACAUCAGCAUCAAUGCGGUGAACGCCUGCCAUGUGUGGAGGUCUGCCUUCAACUACUCGCUGUCAUCCCAGAACCCCCUGUGCAACAGCUCCUCACCUACCUGCAACUUCCCAGAGUAUUUCUCUUCAUGUGUACUGCUCAGUCUGCUGGCAUGCUCUGUGUUCCUGCAAGUGAGCAGCAUCGGGAAGCUCUUUCUCAUGCUCUUUAUUGAGAUUCUUUACAUCCUCAUCAUGGAGGUGCCGGAGGUCAACCUUUUUGACAACGUGGACCUGUUGGUGAUGGCCAACUCCAUUACGAACAGCACAGAAACAAGUUGUGGGACAGAGAGGGUUCCGCUGAAGAUCAUGACCCCAGUGGUCAUUACAGUUUUCGUGCUAGCUCUCUACUUACACGCCCAGCAAGUGGAAUCCACUGCCAGACUGGACUUCCUGUGGAAGUUACAGGCCACAGAAGAAAAAGAAGAAAUGGAAGAGCUUCAGGCGUACAAUCGCCGCCUCCUACACAACAUCCUCCCUAAAGAUGUGGCCGCUCAUUUCCUGGCUCGGGAGCGAAGAAAUGACGAGCUCUACUACCAGUCGUGCGAGUGUGUGGCCGUCAUGUUCGCCUCUAUCAGCAAUUUCUCAGAGUUCUACGUCGAGCUGGAAGCCAACAACGAGGGCGUAGAGUGUCUGAGGCUUCUCAACGAGAUCAUUGCUGACUUCGAUGAGAUCAUCAGCGAGGACCAGUUUCGUCAGCUGGAGAAAAUUAAGACUAUCGGGAGCACGUAUAUGGCCGCGUCUGGCCUGAACGACUCCACCUAUGAUAAGGUCGGCCGCUCGCACAUUCGAGCUCUGGCUGACUACGCCAUGCGUCUUAUGGACCAGAUGAAGUACAUCAACGAGCACUCCUUUAAUAACUUCAAAAUGAAGAUUGGGCUAAACAUGGGUCCAGUUGUGGCUGGAGUAAUUGGCGCUCGUAAACCCCAGUACGACAUUUGGGGCAACACAGUGAACGUAGCCAGUCGGAUGGACAGCACAGGAGUUCCUGAAAGAAUACAGGUUACGAGUGACCUCUACCAGGUCCUCCAUUCCUAUAACUAUUCUCUGGAAUGCAGAGGAGUUGUCAAAGUCAAAGGAAAGGGAGAAAUGAUGACAUACUUCCUGAACGGUGGACCGAGCAGCAGUUAACAGAAACCUGUAUCUUAUAGCCAUGACACUAAAAACAUACAGUGACUCGAUGUGUUAAUAGAAAGCACGGUGCUGAGCAUCGGGGUCUCUUUCCUCUGUCGAUAGGGACAAAGGAAUUGUUUAAAGAUGGCCCUUGGAGCAUUUUGACCUUUCCAAAUGUUAAAGCCUAAAUAGAGGCUUUUCCUCUAGGAUGAAGGUCAACAUGACCUCGAGAAGUGAAGGUACGGGAACGUCUGUCCAUAACCACUGAAAUCUCAUCAUUAGAAGAGACCAAAGAAAAGCGAAAGAAUCUCAGAAAUGCAAAGCAGUUCACCUGUGCGGACUUUUCUCCUUGUGGGAGAGGGCUGAGACUCGGACCCGGACUAGAGGUCGUCCUGAGAAUGACCUAACUGUCUGACGUCACUGAAUUUGAAAAGAUGUUUUGUUCUGUAUAUGAUGCAUCUAUGAUCUUCGGGAAGCAAUCUAUGUUCUCCCAGUCUCCUUAUCCUCAAACACUGUUGAGCUAAAAAUGCUGAUGCAGCAACAGCAUAUUCAACAUCUCUCUCUCUCUCUCUCUCUCUCUCUCUCUCUCUCUCUCUCUCUCUCGUACGGUGCUGGACAGU